GUGGGAAUUGAAUACACUUCCUAGUAUUUUUUUCCUAGUCUUCAUGCAUAAAAAUUGACCUGUAUCUUUUUAUGUUUUUCUGUCCUUUGCAAUGUGCUUACUUUCAUUUUGUUUGUAUGUGGCAUGAAAUCCUGCAUCCAUUAUCAACAGAGCAGGAGAAAGGAACUUGUUCCUCAUUCUUCAUUUGUCCAGCUCAGGUGUUCCUUCAAGGCAGAUGAUGGAUCGCUUAGCCCUAUUAGGUGAAAAAAAAGGUCAGCCAGCUCCAGCAUGUUCUGCCAUGGAGUGUAAAUCACUCAAAUAUACCACUGGAGGUGGUGUUCAGGCAUAUUAGUAGUGAAAAAAUAAAAGGAGCUAGAGAUUUCUCAUUUUUACCCAUUUAUUGCUCUUUUCCCAUGUUGCUCUCAUCAUAUCUGAUGGACUAUUUCCAUUUUUCUUGUUUACCAUUUUCUCUCUAUCCCUGGAGUUGAAAGGCCAAGUGCACAAACACAGGAUUUGUGUUAUCCCGACCAAGCAUGGUACGGUCAUUUCCCUGCAAAUAAUUGGCUUGGGGAAGAAAAGACAGAAAACAAAACAAGUUCAACAUGUGCAGCUUGCUCUGACUACACCCCUUUCCAGAAACCAGCCUGGGUAAGAACCGUGGGAGUAAGCACCCAUUUAAAGAAUAAAUGAAGAAGUGGCAAUAAAGAAAUUUUGACUGUUGCUUUACACAAAGAGAACUGUGCUUCUGACACCGUUUCCAGAGAGUUCUCCAGUUUUCCUGACAGUUUUUCUUAUUACACUUAUUUUUCUAGCUUAUACAUGUCUACUAUCUUAUUUGUUUAAUGAACAGGCUAAAUGCAUAUGAAACACAGAAGUGUGUAUCAACAAACUCAAGCACUUCUGUGCAAGAAUUUUCUUAAGAAAUGGAGGAUGAAAAGAGAGAGCUCAUUGGAAUGGGGGUUCCCAAUAAUUCUGGGACUCCAUAUAGCACUGUUGGCAUAUUUCCAAGAAAAUGUGCAUUUUCCUGAAAUGCCUCCUCAGGAUCUUGGAAGGGUAGAUAAGUUUAAUACAUCUUCUAUAGCUGUUGUGUAUACGCCGAUCUCUAAUAUAACCCAACAGAUAAUGAAUAAAACGGCAUUUGCUCCUUUUUUGCAAGGAAGAAGAGUCAUUGCAGCACCAGAUCAGACAUACAUGGAUAAAAUACUUCUAGACAAUUUAUUCCAAGUAGUGGGAGUCGUCUUUAAUGAUACCUUCUCUUAUAAGUUAAAAUUUUUUCAGGGAUAUUACAUUCCAUAUUUGAAUGAAGAUCUUUUCACAGCUCAGUGUUGGGGUACACAUGAUCACUUUUCAUGCUCACUGGCCAAAUACUGGAAUAGAGGAUUUGUGACUUUACAAACUGCAAUCGAUGCUGCCAUUAUACAAAUCAUGACAAAUCACUCAGUCAUGGAGAAGUUGAUGUCAGUUACUGCUAUCAAUAUGAAGACAUUACCUUUUAUUUCUGUGGAAAUUCUUCAAAAUGAGAUAUUUAUUUUCUACUGCUUGUUUUACUUCUUCCCAUUUAUAUAUUUUGUAUCACUCAAUGUUAUAAAAGAGAGAAAAAAGAGUAAGGACUUGAUGAAAAUGAUGGGCCUACAAGAUUUCGCAUUCUGGCUCUCCUGGGGUUUGAUCUAUGCUGUUUUCAUCUUCAUUAUUUCCAUAAUCAUUACAAUUAUCCUAACAUCUACCCAAAUGAUUGUCACGACGGGCUUCAUGGUUGUAUUUACACUCUUCUUCGUAUAUGGCUUGUCUUUGAUAGCAUUAGCUUUCCUGAUGAGUGUGCUGAUAAAGAAAACAGUCCUCACCAAUUUGGUUGUAUUUCUUCUCACUCUCUUUUGGGGUGGUGUGGGGUUCACUGUAUAUUAUAAACAACUUCCUUCAGCUCUGGAGUGGAUUUUGAGUAUUUGCAGCCCCUUUGCCUUCACUGCUGGACUGACUAGGAUUAUCCACUUGGAUUAUAAUAUGAAUGGUGUAAAUUUUCCUGAUCCUUCAAGAAACACAUAUGCAAUGGUAGCAACUUUUUCCAUAUUGGCUUUUGAUGCUAUUUUCUAUCUGGUACUGACAUUGUACUUUGACAAAAUCUUACCCUAUGGAAAUGAACGCCGUUAUCCUCCAUUAUUUUUCCUGAAUGCAUCUUCUUGUUUCCAACACCGAAAGAUUGAUAAUAAGUUCAUUGAGAAGGAAGCAGAUCCUGAGCAUCCCUCUGAUGAUUAUUUUGAACCAGUACCUCCAGAAUUCCAAGGAAAAGAAGCUAUCAGAAUCAGAAAUGUUAAAAAAGAAUAUAAAGGAAUGUCUGGAAAAGUGGAAGCAUUGAAAGGCUUGCUGUUUGAUGUAUAUGAAGGUGAAAUCACAGCAAUUCUGGGUCAAAGUGGAGCUGGCAAAUCUUUAUUGCUAAACAUCCUUAAUGGGUUAUGUGUUCCAACAGAAGGAUCAGUUACCAUCUAUAAUAAAAAUCUCUCUGAAAUGCAAGACUUGGAGGAAAUCAGAAAGAUCAUUGGUGUUUGUCCCCAGUCCAAUGUUCAGUUCGAUAUUCUCACUGUGAAGGAAAACCUCAGGCUGUUUGCUAAAAUAAAAGGGAUUCAGCCACAGUCAGUGGAGCAAGAGGUACAAAGAAUUUUAUUGGAAUUGGACAUAGAAAACAUUCAGGAUAACCUUGCUGAACAUUUAAGUGAAGGACAGAAGAGAAUGCUGACCUUUGGGAUUGCCAUUCUGGGAGAUCCCCAAGUUUUGCUAUUAGAUGAACCAACUGCUGGACUGGACCCCUUUUCCAGGCAUCGAGUUUGGAGCUUCCUUAAGGAGCGCAAAGCAGACCGUGUGAUCCUCUUGAGUACCAAUUGCAUGGAUGAGGCUGACAUCCUGGCUGACAGAAAAGUGAUCAUGUCCAAUGGGAGACUGAGGUGUGCAGGCUCUUCUGUCUUUCUGAAGAGGAAAUGGGGUCUUGGUUAUCACUUAAGCUUAUACAGAAAUGAAGUAUGUGAUCCAGCAAAAGUAACAUCCUUUAUUAGUCACCAUAUCCCUGAUGCUGACUUGAAAAUAGAAAGCAAAGACAAGCUUGUGUACACUUUGCCUGUGGAAAGGACAAAUACAUUUCCAGAUCUUUUCAGUGAUCUUGAUAAAGGUACCUGCCAGGGUGUGGUGAGUUAUGACAUUUCCACAUCAACUCUGAAUGAAGUCUUCAUGAAACUGGAAGGAAAACCAACUACUGAACACGAUUUUAAGCAAGCAGAGAUGAUAAGAGACCCAGAAGGCCUGCAAGAGGCGGAGCCGGCUCCCUCUUCUCUCCCUGAAAUGCAACCCGCUGUGAGUGACUUGGGCCUCUGGAGAAUGCAGGUCUGUGCAAUAGCCCGGCUCCGUUUCUUAAAGUUAAAACAUGGAAAGAAAGCGCUUUUUACCCUGCUAUUGGUAUUUGGAAUUGCAACAUUCCCUUUGAUUGUGGAAAAGAUACUUAGUGCUAUACUCAUUCAAAAGAGUGACUGGGAAUUUAAACCUGACUUGUAUUUCCUGUCUCCUGGACAACUUUCCCAAGACUCUCGUACCAGCCUGUUAAUCAUCAAUAACACAGAAUCAAAUAUUGAAGAUUUUAUACAGUCAGUGAAGCAUCAAAAUAUACUUUUGGAAGUAGAUGACUUUGAAAAUAGAAAUGGUACAGAUGACCCAUCAUACAAUGGAGCUAUCAUGGUUUCUGGUAAGCAAAAGGAUUAUAGAUUUUCAGUUGUGUGCAAUACCAAGAGAGUGCAUUGUUUUCCUAUUCUUAUGAAUAUUAUCAGCAACGCGCUACUUCAAAUGUUUAAUUGUACACAACACAUCCGAAUCGAAAGAGGAGUAUUUCCUUUUAAUUAUAUAUAUUUCUCGAUUGGGCUGCAGGAAGGCUCCAUCUUCUUAUUCUUGGUCGUGUGCAGUGUGCCUCCCUACAUCGCCAUGGGCAGCAUCAGCGAUUACAAAAAAAGAGCUAAGUCCCAGCUAUGGAUUUCAGGCCUCUAUACUUCCGCCUACUGGCUUGGGCAAGCACUGGUGGAUAUUAACCUCUUCGCUUUUAUUAUUUUUUCAAUGUAUUUAAUUUUCUACAUGGCAAACAGAGCACACACUCAUGUCACAAGUCGAAUUGUGUUCGCUUUGGUUGUAAUGACGUUUGGUUAUGCAGCUUCUCUUGUCUCCUUGACAUACGUGAUAUCAUUUAUUUUUCGCAAGAGGAGAAAAUAUAGUAGCCUUUGGUCUUUUUGCUUCUAUAUUACCACCACCAUCAUGUUUGAGAUCACACUACAACACCUUGACUUACAGACCAUGUUUUCUGGCAUGAUAUUUGUUCCUUCUUCUACGUUGGCUGGAUUUCUAACUUUUUUGGGACAGAGAGUCCACAGCUCCGCAAAAUAUGAAGACCCAAAUUACGACCUGAGAGAAGCUGACUUUCUAGUGUGCCUGAUACCUUACUUCCAGGCUUUGCUGUUCCUUUUUGUUCUAAGAUGCAUGGAAACAAAGUAUGGAAAGAAUAUAAUGCGGAAGGAUCCUAUUUUCAGAAUUUCCCCCCAAAGUAGAGAUGCUCGAGCAAACCCAGAAGAACCUGUUGAUGAAGAUGAAGAUGUCCAGGCAGAAAGAAUCAGAGCAGCGACAGCACUGGCCACGGCGAGCUUAGAGGAGAAACCUGUCAUAAUCGCUAGCUGCCUACACAAAGAACAUGCAGGCCCGAAGAAAACUUGCUUUUCAAAGAGGAAGAAGAAAAUAGCACCAAGAAAUAUCUCCUUCUGCGUUAAAAAAGGUGAAAUUUUGGGAUUGCUGGGACCCAACGGUGCUGGUAAAACUUCAUCUAUUAGAAUGAUAUCUGGGCUCAUGAAGCCAACGGCUGGAAAGGUGGAACUGAAAGGAUGUGGUUCAGUUGGGGAUCAUCAGGGAGACGGCGUGAUCAGGUUCCUGGGGUACUGUCCUCAGGAGAAUGCGCUGUGGCCCCACCUGACAGUGACGGAACAUUUGGAGGUGUUUGCCGCCGUGAAGGGGAUGAGGAAGGCGGACACCACUAUCGCCAUCUCAAGAUUGGUGGAUACUUUCAAACUGUGUGAACAGUUGAAUGUUCCAGUACAGAAACUAACAGCAGGAGCCAAAAGAAAGUUGUGUGUUAUGCUGAGCAUCCUGGGAAAUUCACCUAUCCUGCUUCUGGAUGAACCAUCUUCAGGCAUGGAUCCAACCGGGCAGCAGCAGAUGUGGCAGAUGAUCCAGGCAGCCAUUAAAAACACAGAGAAGGGGGCCAUCCUGGUCACCCAUUACCUGGCCGAGGCCGAGGCCGUUUGUGACCGUGUUGCUGUCAUGGUGUCCGGAAGGCUGAGGUGCAUUGGCUCCACUCAACAUCUGAAAAGCAAACUUGGUGAAGAUUACAUUCUAGAACUAAAAGUGAAGGACCCUUCUCAAGUGCCUUCGGUCCAUGCUGAGAUUCUGAAGCUUUUCCCACAGGCUGCACAGCAGGAGAGGUAUUCCUCCUUCGUGGCCUAUAAACUCCCUGUGGCGGAUGUUCGCCCUCUCUCUCUGGCCUUUCACAAAUUAGAGGCAGUGAAACAAAACUUUAACCUGGAAGAAUAUAGCCUCUCUCAGUGCACAUUGGAAAAGGUAUUCUUAGAACUUUCUAAAGAGCAAGAGCUGGGAAACCUUGAUGAAGAAGUUGAUACAUCCAUGAGAUGGAAACUCCUCCCUCAUUCAGACGGCCCUUAAAACCUCAACCUAUUCACUUUUUGUCAAUGCCAAUGUGUAUAAUUUUAAAAGUCAUUGAUAUCAAUAUUAGUAAUAUUUCAUAUGUUUAGUUAAUAAACGAAUAAAUUGUACAAUGAUGCUUCCCCUUAAAUUUAAGGAUGAUAGAAAAUCUGUGAUAAAGUCAAUACAAAGUAUUAAAAAAUCAUCUAAAGAACCAGGCACGGGGUAUUGUGGAAAUAAAACCACAAGCUCGGAAGGUUUUUGAAAUAGAAAUUUUUGGAAAUAUGACAUUUAGUAAAAAAAUGUUCUUGCUGAAAUAUGUAAGGGAGGCUGCAUGAUUGCAUGCACCAGUUGGUGAGAGCUCAGACUUAUGAGUUUGCUUUUAUAUACAAGUACCACCCAAGGAGACUUCCCCUGAAACCUUGUCAGAAAUUGCCUUGAAAUUCAGAGUGAGCAGUCCUUUGGACUCACAUAUUAACAAGCACAUGUUUUGGGAAAGCAGCUCAAACGUACCUUUUGAAAACAAGGGGAGUUGCAGCAGCAUUUGUUCACAUUUUAAAAAUUUUGAAUAUGUUCUAUUAAGUUGUUAUGGUGGUGGGGGGUGCUGAUUUCCCUCAUCGCCUCAUCAGUAGCUUUCUGUGUCUUUAUUGCUAUUUUAAGGUUGCUUCCCUUUUAUAUACAUAUGUGUACCUGUGUGUAUCUCUCUACAUACACGUGCACUUAUCUUUUGUAUUACUCAAUUUAAAAAUAUCAGCUUUACAUGUUAUUUUAUAUUUUUCCUUAGACAAGAGCUAUCUCAUUUUGAAUAUCGACAGAAAAUUUCUUGAAGACCAAGCAAUAUUCCAGAUGCUUCUUUUUUUUUUGGUGAUAUGUCGAGUAACUUAAAUUGCUAUUAUGCUCACUGAAGAAAAUUUGUAUAAUGGAGAAAAAUGUGGACACUGAUAGAAUUGAAUAAAAGAAUCACCAUAAUUUCUCUACACCAAAAAAAUUUUCAAUUAUUUCCUUUUCUCUUUAGUUCAUUUCUUACUUAGUUGGAAUCAUUUUAGUACAUAUAGUUUCCUAAUUAGAUGUAUAUGCAUAUUUGCAGAUAUAACAUCAAGAUUGUUUUAAUUGACUUUUAAACUUACGGUGAGGUUGCAGCUUUGUGAAUUUGCAUUUUAUUUUGUGUUAAUUAUUUGUAUUCUUUAUUUUUGUACUUUCAUUUUCUUAUCCAUUUUACAAGCUUUUUAUAUAAUUAAAUAUUUUAUCUGUA